UGUUGUUUUUUAUCUCAAAGAAACCCCGAGUCGAAAAAAAUUGUUCCUAAUUUUUCUUUUUUCUCAUUCCCUUCCAUUUUUCUUGUAAUUCUGUGGAAUCUCACGGCAAGCAAAACCCAGCAAAGCUAUAGUAAAAAAAGCUUCCAAAAACCCAUUUUUGGAGCCAGUUGGUAAACCACUUGGGAGUUGGAACCUUACCCUCUCCAAAUCAAUUUUGUAAGUUUUCUUGUCAAAGUUGGUUACAAAACAGAAGUGCAAACUACGAAACUUUUCUAUCUAAGCUUUUCUUUUUCCUGCGUGAGAUUUAUAUAAACAGGAAACAUGUUUACCAAUGAUCAAAGGCAGCAAGAAAGAACUGGACAAUAUGGAACUUCAAGGCAACAAUAUCUUCAGGAAUUGGUGAAUCAGUUUCAGAACACGUCUGAUGAAGAAACAAAAGAAAAGAUUGCUGCAAACUUGGCAAACUUUGCUUAUGAUCCAUAUAAUUAUUCUUUCUUGCGCCAGCUCAAUGUUUUGGAACUCUUCCUAGAUUGCAUAACAGAACCAAACGAGAAGCUUAUGGAAUUUGGAAUUGGAGGCAUCUGCAAUUCUUGUGUGGAUCCAGCUAAUGCUGCUAUUAUCACUCAGUGCGGUGGAAUCCCUCUUGUCAUUAAGUGUUUAUCAAGUCCAGUCAGAAAUACAGUGAAUUAUGCUCUGGGAGCCCUUUAUUAUCUUUGUAACAAGUCUAACAGGGAGGAGAUUCUGAAGCCUGAAGUAAUUGAUGUCAUCGAGAGGUAUGCUGCAGCUCAAACUGUAAAUGCAAGCUUCAGUAACCUGGCCAAAGCAUUUCUUGACAAGCAUGUAUCUUGAGUUGCAAUAAAGCAGGAGCUAUCAAAAUGGCAUUCAAAACCUAAAUGCAGUUAAAUUAUGGUUUAUAAUGGACCAGUUAUCUGAGACCAAUUAUAAGUUUUCACUAUGCAGCUUACAGCUGCAGAUCUUAUGGAUUCAGCUAUUUGUGCUCUGGUUUAUAUGGAAAGAGUCAUGCAACAUGCAAAUCUGCAGAGCACUGCAAAACUGGUUGCCAAGGGAGACAUUAUGGCAUUGGUUUGAGGGAUCGAUAAUAUUAGGUUCCAAGUAGCAGUAGCAGGUGGCCAUUUAACAAUGUAGCUAGUUAGGUUAUUAUUAAUUUUUUGAAAAAUAUAGUUAGAGUGUUACUGCGAUUGCUAUCAGCUUUUAAUUGAGACAUCAGCCGACUUGAUAUGUAUUCUUUUAGCUUCAAUGCAAACACACAAAAUGGUUUUGCUCAAAGACUAAAACCAACUCCAAGAUGUAUACCGAGUUUUAGAAAUGACUUAUGAAUAUUGACACUGCACGAAUGGUUACACAAGUGCCACGAUCAACAAUUAUAAGAUAUUGUGAAAUUUGCUCUUAGGUGUACCCUUUUUGUAUUCGUAUUUGUAUUUGGUUUGUUAAACUAUUCAUUGUUCUGAAUGAACCAAAUGUUUAUUUGAUUUUAAA